AUGGUCACCGCGAAGCCAUAUUUGGCCGGGCUAGCUAGUUUAUUUCGGAACUAUCUUACGUCCACUGUCCACAUUCAGUCCUCAAAUGAAAUGCACGACAUGCUUACAUCGUGGAUUUCUUCCCGUGGGUUGGAGAGCACGGCAAGGUCCUUCCUGGCUAAAGUGGAUACCGCACCGGGGGCUACGAUGAACGACACAGAUAAAAAGCUGCUGAAACUGUUGCCUCACCAGGGGUCGUUUUAUUUUUGGUAUAAGGGCCAAUUGCUAUUCUACGAGGCUAGGCAGGAAGACUACCGCUACUUCGAUCAGGAGAAGAUCACAUUAACUUCACUGGGGCGGUCAUCCUACAUCCUGAAGGAUUUUCUCCAGGAAUGUCGUUCCGAGUAUCUGAAUAAAAUCAGAGAUAAGAUCACCAUAUUCGGUCAUCGUGGCGUUCAGUGGAAACGGGAUCGGGUCAAAGAGGCUCGGCCCUUGUCAACCGUGAUUCUCCGCGAGAGUGAAAAGGCACCCCUGGUAGCAGAUAUGAAAGACUUCCUCAAUGCACGAACCAGAAGAUGGUAUGCACAACGGUCCAUCCCGUAUCGGCGAGGCUACUUACUGCAUGGGCCCCCCGGCACGGGCAAGUCUAGUUUUAGUCUCUCCGUAGCGGGGGAACUGGGCUUGGACAUUUAUACUGUAAGUAUUCCCGCCGUGGACGACCAGUCGCUCAAAUCUCUAUUUCAAGAACUUCCAGCGAAUUGUGUCGUCUUACUCGAGGACAUCGAUGCCGUAGACUCGGCACAUUCUCGAGAUUCAAUGGCUGCUACGCCUGCUUCCGGGCAGGAGUUGUCGACAGUGACAAAGGGAGUGAGUCUCUCUGGGCUUUUGAACGUCCUUGAUGGCGUGGCCUCUCAGGAGGAUCGAAUUUUAAUCAUGACCACGAAUCAUGUCAAUGCAUUAGACGCAGCACUCAUUCGGCCAGGACGUGUCGAUAGAACGGUCCGGUUCCAGCUCGUCGACCAGGACGUUGCCAUGCAGAUCUUUCAUUACAUGUUUGCCCAGCAAGGGGAUGCGUCAAAUCAAGACCCUCACAGUCAGCCUAGACUAGGCGUUGAAAGUCAGGCCAGGGAGUUUGCUCGGAAGAUUCCGGAAGGAAGGUACAGCCCAGCUCAGGUGAUGUCCUAUCUGCUCCAACAUAGAAACGAACCAGAUGUCGCACUAAGCAAUCUCGAAAGAUGGGUGGAGAGUACCAAUGGACCAAUAGCCCCCGUCCAGAGACGCUCAGUAUCAGCACCGUAG